UGCGGACCGCACCCUCAGACGUCCAGCGGCCGGCGAUCCGAGCAGACGCACCAAGUAUUAAGCCUGGGAUAAAACCGAUUCGUUUUCGAAAGAUUUCAAAAAAUGAAUACCCAAAGUGCAAAUCUAUAAUGAAUGUCAGUGCAAGUCAGGCAAUUUGAAUUUUCAAAGUGAAACUGCUAACGUAAUUUAAAAAAAACAAGCAAUUUUGUGACCGUUAAAAAGAUUUGAAUAUCAAAGUAUUAUGUUUUCGCUGCUGCUGCACCACCCGCUCGUCUGCCGCUGCUGUCUGCUGGAGCAGCCGCCGCUGUACCACAGUCUCCAUGACGCCUCCAGCCGCCUGGCCGUGGAGCUGAAGGCUCUGGCACCCACCCUGCUCCUGGAUCCCGGCGACAAUCUCACCGACGUGAUCUGCGAACUCUGCCUGCGUCGCCUGCACGACGCCCGCGACUUCCAGCAGCGGUGCGAGCAAUCCGAGCAGGUGCUCCGCUCGCGGCACGAGCAGUGGAAGCACACGGUGGCCGUGGGUGACGCCCUGGCCCUCGACGAUGUGCUCGAGUGCCUGGAGCGGGAGGUGGGCAGCCUGGAGGGACCGGUGUCCAUGCCCCAACAGCUCAGCAAGCCGGUGGCCUAUGUGGCGCCGCUAAUGGAGACCGUGGAUUUCGACAAUUUGGACUUCCAGGAGAGCCCGUCCAGUGAAUAUGAAGCCCCCUCCUACUGGGAACUUUCUGUGGAUUCGGGGAGUCUGAACACGCCGCACCAUCAGCCGGAGACCACGGAGCCCUUUGAAGUCGCUCAGCCGCUGCCACCGACGCCUCCAGAAAGCCCUGAGCAACCAGAAGCCCCUAAACCUGUAGGCCAAAAGCCCAAAAAGCGGAGGACCAACACCAAGUCGCGGCCAGAAAACGAGAAACCCAAGGCGGAGCGGAAGGCUAGUACCCCGCGAUCCUUGCACCCGUGCAGCGAGUGCGAGAAGAAGUUCACCCGCAACUUCCAGCUGCAGCUGCACUUGAGCUCCGUGCACAGAAUGGGCAAGAUGCGGUACCAGUGCGAGGAUUGUGGCAAGAACUUCGCCUCGCGGCACAGCCUGCGGUACCAUGUGAAGUCGGUUCACUCGAAGGAGCGUCCUUUUGGCUGUCCGCACUGCGAGCGGCGCUUCGUUCUGCGCACCCAGCUGAUGUCCCACCUGCGCACCCACACCGGCGAGGCCAAGCCGCGGAUCUUCGAGUGCCAGCGGUGCUCGAAGAGCUGGCCCACCAAGUCGGAUCUGCGCACCCACAUGCGCUCGCACAACCCCAACAUGGAGCGGCCCUUCAAGUGCGACACCUGCUCGAAGGCCUUCUUCACCCGGGGUCACCUGAACUCCCACCUGCUGGUGCACACCGGCGAAAAGCCAUUCUCCUGCGAGUACUGCGAAAAGUGCUACCAGAGCGUGGGCAACCUGAACAACCACAUGGUGCGCCAGCAUGCCGAGAUUAUCGAGGCCCAGCUGGAGAGCGAGGCCAUCGAGAGCUGAGGUCCAAGGAGUGGCUGCAUUAAGUAUUAGGAGCGUUGUAGAGGCAAUAACACCGAGUCGGGCGCAAUUAAUUAUUGUUACAUUGUGAAAAUACUAUACCGAAAACUCAUUUAAUAUUAAAUAUUGAUCUUAAUCACAUAACUUACUAGUUUAUUUGGCUAAUUUUAAAUAGUGUAUACAUAUUGCUACUGUUAUUUAAAAUUAACAUUCUGUUUAAUUGAGCCAAAUUAAAUAAAGAGAAAAGUUUUUAAUUUUUAUAAAAGUAGUAAUGUUUCAAUGGUAAAUCUGGAAAGAACGCUGUAGUCAAGAAACGAUAAGAUAUGUUGGAUUAGUUUGGAAAUAAAUCCAGAUAUGAUCUUUUAAUAACCACCUAACUU